ACCAUGUCUUCACUCUGGAAACUUCGCAAUCCUUUUCGCUCGUCUCUCAGCUUCUCCUCACUCUCUCUGCGCCGCUUCUCCACCUAUUUGGCGGAGGAGGAUAAGAAAGCGGAAGCGUUGGAGAGCUUCAUUCACCCUUCGGCAAUCGUGCAUCCUAAUGCUGUGAUCGGACGGGGUGUUUCGGUUGGUCCUUUCUGCACCGUUGGAUCCUCUGCACGGCUUGGGAAUGGUUGUCAAUUGUAUCCUGGGAGCCAUGUAUUUGGAAAUACAGAAUUGGGGGAGCGAUGUGUCUUGAUGACUGGUGCCGUGGUUGGUGAUGAUCUUCCUGGACGAACGGUCAUUGGAUGCAAUAAUAUUGUAGGGCACCAUGCUGUGGUUGGUGUUAAGAGCCAAGACUUGAAGUACAAGCCAGGGGAUGAAUGUUUCCUUGAUGUGGGGGACAACAAUGACAUCAGAGAACAUACCUCAAUCCACCGAUCUUCGAAGUCAAAUGAUCAGACGGUUAUUGGCAACAACAAUCUUAUCAUGGGAUCUUGUCAUAUUGCCCAUGAUUGCAAGAUUGGUAACAAUAAUAUUUUUGCAAAUAAUACUCUUCUAGCAGGCCAUGUUGUGGUGGAAGACUAUGCCCACACUGCAGGUGCCAUCGUUGUUCAUCAAUUUUGCUGUGUUGGUUCUUUCUCUUUUAUUGGUGGGGGUUCUGUGGUUUCACAAGAUGUCCCGAAGUACAUGUUGGUAGCUGGAGAAAGAGCUGAGCUUCGUGGCUUGAAUCUAGAGGGUCUUCGGCGUCGUGGAUUCACAUAUGCAGAGAUAAAUAGCCUGAGAAUGGCUUACAGAAAGAUAUUCAUGCCCGUUGAUGUGAAUUCAAAUGGUUUGGAAGAGCGUCUUGCCGAAGUGGAGCAGCAUGAAGAAUUGGCUCACAUUCCUGCUGUCUGUUCCAUGAUGCAGUCUAUUCGCGACUCUUUUGCGGAAAACCGUCGUGGAAUUUGCAAGUUCAGACAUUGGAGUGGCUCUUGAAAGCAUGCUUUACUGAGUGUUGGUUUCCCAAUUCUGUUUAGUCAUAAAGUGAUGCAAUUUGUUUUUUUUUUUCCUUUCCUUUUGCAUGAUUGUAGUGAAAACAGUGGUUUGGACCGAUUCUCUUAGCGGCCUCUGCCGUUAAGCUAUUGUUUGCAAAAGCUGCUGUCAACUAUUCUGUGUUGCGACAACUUUCAUGCGUAGCUUUAGGUUGAUUUUGUUUGAAGGUUGAAUCUGUCGCGGUUCAUUUUAUCUUUUAGAACAAUUCUUGCAUUAGUUAAGGCUGUAAUAUGAAGGAAAGUUGCAGCCGCAAAACUAUUAGGUAGAAAGUAGAAAUAGAUUAAACCAGAAGAAAGUGAUGUACCUAUAUGAAUUCUACCUUAAAGCACCCGCAUGUUGUGGAAGUAGAUCUAUUUCUCCUUGUUCUUGA